ACGUCGACAAAACGCGCACGCCACCGUAUGAGUUUUAUUUAGCGCCGGCCGACGGUCAACAUUGUUGUUAAAUCAUAUACAUUUUUUUUCAAAAACGAUAUUUGAACGCGUCGCACCACAUCCCAAAAUAUGUCGGAGUCACCGCGGAUCGACGUGACCGGCGACGACGACGACGACAGGCCCGCAUCGACGCAGCCCACGUGCAACGGCGGCGGUGGCGGAAGUGUUGGCGGCGGCAACGGCGAUCGCAGCAGCAACGGGUCGCCCGUCAAGUCGGCUGCCCCGUACACGUCUUUUUCCAUAUCGAGCAUACUCAGCAAGGACGCACCGAAAGCGGCGUCCAGGCUGUUCCACCAGCACAAGAACGCCGGUGGCGUGUCGGCGGCCAACGCGCAUCACGCCGCAGCCGCCGCCGCAUUCGACGUUACCGCACAUCUGGCCGCCGCAGCGGACCACGCCAUGUUGUCCAGAUUGGGUCUGAUGAGCCACUUCGGUGCAUUGGCCGCUGCCGCUUCCGGUCGAAGUCCUUUCAUGCUUUACCCUGGCGUAGGGAUCGCUGGCACCGGCAGCAACCCUUUGGACAAGCACUGGUAUUCCGCGUGGUCGCAACCCCUGUCUGCAGCCAUAAGUCCUAACGGUGGUUCGAGUUCUGCUAACGAAGAAAACAGUCGUCCAAGUACACCUCACAGCGUGGGUGUCAACACGGGUGGCACUUCUUCGGUGGCCGGUCACAGUCCUGGCGGUUGGUCGACCGGCGAAGACGGCGGCGGUGUGCCUGGAUCGCCGAACCAUCAUCGGUCCAACGGCGGCCGGUUUAUGAGCGGUUGUGGCGGCGGCGGCGGCAGCGGAGGAAUGCGGUACAUCGAUCAUUCCGUGGGCGGCGACGAAGACGACGACGUCAUGGACGACGGGCCGGAAGACGAUUGCGGAGGUGACGGCGACGGCAAGAAAGACCACGGCGGUAGCUGCGGCGGCAGCGGUGGCAAACGGAAAAAAAAGACCAGAACAGUGUUCUCGCGAAGCCAAGUGUUCCAGUUGGAGUCGACAUUCGACAUCAAACGGUACUUGUCGAGUUCGGAGCGCGCCGGGCUGGCCGCGUCUUUGCACCUGACCGAGACCCAAGUGAAAAUAUGGUUCCAGAACCGGCGGAACAAGUGGAAGCGCCAAGUGGCCGCCGAGAUCGAAGCGGCCAACAUGGCGCACGCCGCCCAACGUCUGGUCCGCGUACCCAUCCUUUACCACGAGUCCAACCAGCAGACGUCUUCAGCGGCCGCGGCGGCGCACCAUCACCACAUGGCCACGUCGGCCGGCGGCGCGCCGACUCCGCCGCACACUUCCGCCUCGACUCAAGCGUCCGCGUAUCCGCCGCCGCCCUCGUUGUUCUAUCACCAUCAGCCGCCGCCUACUUCACAGCCGCCGUCGUCGCAACACCAUAUCCACGGCAUCGGUGUCUCCAGCACGUCCACAAUCACGCACGCCAUGUCCACAAGUCCCGUGAUGUCCAGGGCGCCCCUGCCCGGACUGGUUUAGCGCCGUCGCGUCGUCCACAGUGUUCACUCAACCGCAAUAUCCGCCAAUGUACAUUAUCUAACAGUAUUACAGUCAUAAGCUAUUAAAGUUAUAAUGUGUCAACUCACACCAAAACGAUAAUAAUACUUUGUCACUUGGUGAAGUUUUUCACUUAAGUGUUUGAUAAUAUAUACAAAAAGCAGCUU